AUGAGGUCAGACGACAGGAAGACAACAGACGACAGCAGGAUGAGGACAGACGGCAGGAUGAGGUCAGACGACAGGAAGACAACAGACGACGGCAGGAUGAGGACCGACGGCAGGAUGAGGACAGAUGGCAGGAUGAGAGCUCAUGUCUGUUGGUUCAUUAGACUGUUUCCGUCUUUCUGCCUCCAGAUCUCCUCCAACAACCUGCAGGAUGACGACAGUGACCUGCCGGAGUUUGAACCUUUUGAUGACAUCACCGGGCCAAUGGCCACGCCCAGAGCCCCUGCCAUGGAUGGGGAUGACGACUUCCGCCAGGAAACAACACACGUCUCUCUCUCUCUCUCUGCAGGCUCUCUGUCUGUGGUGGCUGUUGACAUGUGUCUGGACAUAAACCGCAGUGACCACAUCACCUCCGCCUAUCAGAACCCAAACCUGGUCAUACGCCGCGGUCAGGAGUUUGUUGUCCGCAUUGACUUCACGCGUGCCCGGACCCCUGACGACACCUUCCAGCUGGAGUUCCUGAUUGGCUCUGACCCGUCUGCCAGCAGGGGGACUAUGGUGUCAGUGAUGUUUGGUGGUCAGGGCGGCGGUGCGUGGAGUGGUCGUAUAGUGGAGGAUAACGGCGCAUCGGUGAUGGUUGGCAUCACCUCCACUCCGGAUGCCAUCAUUGGGAAGUUCCGGACUUACGUGGCGGUCCUCGGGCAAAGCGGGAAGCACCGCACCAAGAGAGACUCCAACACUGACUUCUACAUGCUGUUCAAUGCCUGGAACCCCGAUGACGCCUUCUUUCUGCCUGAUGAGUCCGGUAGGAGCGAAUAUGUCCUAAAUGACUUUGGAAUCAUCUACAUGGGUGAGGCCCACGCUGUUGGUCAGAGGAACUGGGUGUAUGGACAGUUUGAGCAGGGGGUUCUUGAUGCCUGUAUUUACAUCCUGGAUGCAUCCCAGAUGCCUCUUCAUAACCGUGGAAAUGCCAUGGCACUGGUCAGGAAGGGUUCUGCCAUGAUCAACUCUCAGGAUGAUAACGGCGUUCUGGUGGGGAACUGGAGUGAUGACUUCUCAAUGGGAACGCCGCCGACCUCUUGGACAGGAAGUGUUAAAAUAUUGCUGCAGUAUGCCAGCAGUGGAACGCCCCAGUGCUUCGCUCAGUGCUGGGUGUUCGCCGGAGUCUUCAACACCUUCCUGCGAUGCCUGGGCAUCCCCUCCCGGGUCGUCACCAACUUCAGCUCCGCCCAUGACAACACGGGGAACCUGAAGACCGACCUCAUCUUCCGACCAGACGGCACACCGGACAGACGCAACACCCGCGACUCCAUCUGGAACUACCACUGUUGGAAUGAGGUGUUUAUGACCCGACCUGACCUCCCUCAGGGUUUCGGAGGAUGGCAGGUGGUAGAUGCAACGCCUCAGGAGACCAGCGAUGGUCAUUUCCGCUGUGGUCCGGCUUCAGUCGCUGCCAUUAAAGAAGGUCAGCUGUGUCACCCGUUUGACUCACCCUUUGUCUUUGCUGAGGUGAACAGUGAUGUGGUCUACCAGAAGCGUGAUAAGUAUGGGAAUCUGACUCCCUACCGGGUGGAGAAGGCCAUGAUCGGCCUGGCCAUCCUCACCAAGGCUGUGGGGUCCAACGCCCAAAAUGACAUCACCAGCACCUACAAGUACUCUGAGGGCAGUCCUCAGGAUGCUCAGACGAUGGAGCGGGCGGAGCAGUACGGCUGUGUAAGAGAUCAUUCUGAGCUGGACGUGGAGGAGAUCUCUGCAGUCAUCCAGGCUGACCAGGUCCUGUUGGGUGAGGACUUCAGUCUGGUGGUGGUCUUUCUGAACCAGGGCAGUGUGACCAGGACAAUCCAGGCCAACCUCUCCGGCUCGGUGAUCUUCUACACCGGAGUGGUGGAAAAGACCUUCAAAGACCACAACUUCUCUGUGUCUGUGGCCCCCCAGACCAAUGAGAAGGUAGUGAUCCCGAUCUCUGCUGAGGAGUAUGGUCCUCAUCUUGGCUCUCAGCUCAGCCUUCAUUUUAUAUUGACUGGUCAGGCAGACGACCAAUCAGUGACUGCCAUGAGGGUCGUAAACCUGCAACCCCCACCUCUCAAUCUCAUGGUGAGCGGGAUACCUCAAGUACAACAGGAGAUGUUUUUGAUGGUGACCUUCACAAACCCCUUCAGCUUCUACCUUGAGGAGGUUUCCCUGUCCAUAGAGGGAGCUGGACUGAUGAACCAAAAGACUCGCUAUUACAAUGUGCUCGCCCCCAUGGCUACCAUCACUGUGAAGGAGCCCUUUGUCCCAAGGCUCAGCGGCACCAGGACUCUCAUCGCCAUCCUGAAUGCUAAGAACCUCACUCAGGUGCAAGGUUUGGUUGAACUGAAAAUCCAGCCCUGAGCUGAUUGGCUGACGUAGUCAUAGGCCACACCGUCCCACACUGCUUUCACCAAUCACAAACAGCGCCUCUGACAGUGGGCG